CAGCAAAAAAGUUUGCAGCAAAACAGAGCGAAGAAAAAACUCGAGCUUUCCAUCGUGAGAAAUUCAUAUUAAAAAAAAAAAAACAGAAACAUAAAAAAAUGCUUCUUCGUAGCGCUUCUACUCCGAUACUGAACUCCUGGAUCCCACACUCCAAAGAUCCGCAGCCACCGCCGGUGGAGCCCGAGUUCUUCCCCCGGCAUUCACUCGCGAAAACCCGAUCCGUUUCGCUCACCGCCUCGCCUCCGACUCUCAUCCCUUCGCCUUCUUCCUCGUCUCCCCACGGGAUGACGAGAGCGCUCUCGGAGACGGAUAUGAGGAACCUUUCGCCGGUGGUGCCGAGGAGGAAGCCGGUGAACACGGUCUUUGUCGAGGGAGAGGAGGAGACGGAAGAAUUGGGCGGUGGGUUCUUCCUGGGAUCAAAUGGGUUGGGAGAGGAUUGUGCUGCGGAUGGUGGGUUGGCCACGCUUUUGGUAGGCGGCGGCGGGAGGAUUGGCGGCGGAGGCGGCGGUGGAAGCUCCAACGGUGGCGGAAGAGAUGGGAAUUCGGAGUUCUGGGAUUCGAAUUACAAGACGGAGGUGUAUUACGAGACGAUGAUCGAUGCGAAUCCCGGGAAUUCGCUUCUUCUUGGCAAUUAUGCCAAGUUUCUGAAAGAGGUUCGUCAGGAUUUCGUGAAAGCGGAAGAGUACUGCGGGAGAGCAAUCCUGGCUAAUCCGAACGACGGCGAUGUUCUUUCGAUGUACGCGGAUUUGAUAUGGCAGAGCCAUAAGGACUCUUCUCGAGCUGAAAGUUACUUCGAUCGAGCUGUCAAAGCUGCUCCUGAUGAUUGCUAUGUUCUUGCUUCAUAUGCUCAUUUCCUUUGGGAUUCCGAAGAAGAAGAAGAGGAAGAAGAACAAAGGGGAGUGGAUUUGAUUCCAGAGAUGAACAAAUUGUCACCACCAAAUUAUUUCCAUGGAAUUCCACCUCUCCCUCCUCCAAUAGCUGCUGCUUCUUGAAAAAGCUUGAAUCUUUGGCCAGAAAAUCUUGUAACAUAGCGCUUCAGAUUUCAUAGCAUCUAAAGUUCUAACCCGCCACCCUUUUGUUUAUAGCCCCUUCGCCCUUUUUGUUAACACUUUUGGCUUUUCUUAUUUCAAUCACUGCUAGUACCUCUCUUGUAGAAUCGUAAUAAGAAAUGGAAUGAGUCUAUUUUGGCUUACUCGGUCUCUCUUUUUCUCAAUCUCUCUUUCUCUGUGUGUAUAUGUGAAUAUUCCAUAGACAAGGGGACAAAAAUGAUCUCUUCCUGCUGCAAAAGGUAAAGGCCAUCCCUUGCGGAUGCCAAAAGGCAUAGAUCCUUUGUUUGCUCAAGCAGCCUCUUUUCCACGCAGCUUAACGAAGGUUUUUCAUCAUCUUCCAUGGAGCUUAAUGAAGGCUUUGUUCAGUGUUUUUCAUACUGUAUUGUGUUGCGUAUUCAUGCUAGUUAGAUCAGGU